AUGAGUCCUCGGGGGCUCCGUGGGUCCCGGCGCAGCUCCAGCGGCACCAGCGACCCCGUUCCGGGGCUGCCGAGCACCGGCGGGUCCUGGCAGGUGCCGGCGGGUCUCGCUCCGGUCCGAGCCCAUUCUCGGUGCCCGGGGCUGUGCCUCGUCCCCGCUGGAUCAGUGGAUCGGGAGCCGUGUCCCCCAGCAGCCCCAUGCCCCAGCCCCAGGAGGGCUCCGUGGUGCCGCACAGGAGGGAGCUGCCCCCCCGUCCUGCAGGUCCUGAACCAGCACGGGGUGCUGCUCAGCCCCGAGGAGCCCCGUGGCACCGGCUGCAGCCGCAGGAACCUCAGAUUUGUAUUCGACCACGUUUUUGAGGAGGCCACGCAGGAGGAGGAGUUCCAGCACACCACACUCCCUCUGCUGAAGCCCUCCCCUGAGUCCUGGCACACAGUGUUUGCCUACAGUGCUUCAGGAACUGGGAAAACCCACACCAAGGUGGGCUGCAAGACCAGUCCCAGCAUUGUGCACCUGGCCAUGGUGGAGCUGUACAAGCUCAAAGCCAUGAAGGACCAGAGCUGUGAGGUCCUCAUCUCCCACCAGCAGGUGUACAAAUAGCACAUCUAUGACCUGCUGGAGCUGGGCCUGCUGAACAUCUGGGAGCAGCCUCAGAAAGCAGCCGUGGCACAGGGUCUCUCCAUCCACCAGGUCUGGCAGAAGGACACAAAGGCUGGGACAGACUUGUCUACAGCAGUGCUGAGAGAGGCUGGGAGUCCUGGGGACACAGGGGUGGAGGUCCCAGUGGCACCAGAGCAGCUCCUGCACACGCUGCCCAAGGGCAAUAGAGACCGGGCCCAGGGUCACACCAAGGCCAAGGGCCACCUCCUCCACUCCCCCAUCUCCAGAGCCAAGGACAGCAAACUGAGCCGUGAGCCCCGCCGGCCCCCACACCUGCAGCGAGCUCCGUCCCUGCAGGCACACUGGGAUGUCUCCCUGCUCGAUCUGCAGCUCCGGGCCAGGACACCAAUCCCCCUCCAGCAGGACCUUUUUGGGCACCAGGACCAGAACUGGGUGUCCUCAUAUCCUCCCAAUGUCCCACUGUCUCUUCUUGGGCAGACUGGGUUGUCCAUGGAUGGAUGUGGAACCAGCCUCUGCCUUGACGAAAUGACUGUGAAGACAAAGGAAGUGGAGGUCCUGGCACUGGAGGAGUCCCUAGGGCCGGAGGAGGCUCUUCCUCCUCAUCCUCGGUGCCACGGCGCGAUCCCGGGAGCGGAGCUGGGGUUUGCACACCCCGUGUGCCGGCACAGCGCCGCCGAGGCGCCUGUCACCAUGCCAGACCCCAGCAUUUACUCGGAAUGCUCCCAGGAGCUCUCUCCGUGCUCCACUCCCAGGCCGACAUCUCCCGGGCAGGUUAAGAGGAUGCUCGAGUCGAGCAGCGAUUCCCAAUCAGAAAAUUCCCGCAGUUCCCGAUCACGGAGGAAGCGCCAGCGGAGUCAUGAGGCAGCAGAGACUCCCCGGGCAGCGCAGAGCCCGCUGUGUCCCCGGGACACCCCUGGGGACCAGCCAUUAAAGCACAACCCACUGCCCAAAAGCCAACACCUUCUCACCGGCACCAGCUAUGAAGAUGCUGAUCUGCACUAG